AUGACGAAACCGACAAAGCCAAAGUUGCCCGCAAAGCAGCUGGCCAUUCUGGCCGUUGCGCGGUUUGCGGAGCCUCUCGCCCUCACAUCCGUCUUCCCAUACCUGCCCGAGAUGAUUCGCAGUUUCGGCGUGGAACAGAACGACGUCGCAAAAUGGGCCGGUAUCACGUCCGCCGUCUUCUCGCUUUCACAGAGUGUAACUGCGGUACCGUGGGGUAGAGCUUCUGAUCGAUUUGGAAGAAAACCAACCAUCAUCGUCGGCCUGCUAUCAACAAUGUUCUUCUUCUGUGUUUGGGGUGUUUCAACAAGUCUGCCCAUGGCCAUCACUGUGAGAGCUAUUCUCGGAAGUGGUAACGGAAAUGUUGGUAUCAUCCGCACCAUGGUUGCAGAGAUGGUGCCAGAAAAGGAACUACAACCCCGUGCAUUCUCGGUUAUGCCUCUCAUCUGGUCCGUUGGCUCCAUCUUCGGCCCGGCGUUUGGCGGGUUCUUUGCCAGGCCAGCCGACCGCUUCCCCGCUGUCUUUGGCGAUAGCUGGUUUUUCAAGGCGUAUCCCUUUGCCUUGCCAAACUUCAUCGCUGCGGUCUUCUUCUUCAUCUCAGUCACGACCGCCACUCUCUUCCUCAAGGAAACGCUCGAGAGCAAGCGACACAAGCCCGACUGGGGACUCUUGAUGGGCGAACGCAUCACCCGCUCGUUCCGCCGCUCUCGUUAUCACCAUCAUCACCAUGCCAGAGCUCGACGCACCUCGUUUGUUGACGGCGAGGCUACCGCACCCCUGGUGCCUCACAAGACUCCCCCAACACAUCCGGUCGAGGACAACAAGGCUCUGGAGGCACCCAGCAUGAAGGAGGUUUUCACUGCUCAGACGAGUAUCAACUUGCUUUGCUACACCUUCCUCGCCCUCCACUCCGUGGCUUUUGAUCAGGUUUUGCCAGUGUUCCUCAACUACCCCAAGCAGGAGCACACCCCGGAUAACACGAACCUACCCUUCCAAUUUUCUGGUGGCUUUGGCCUCGACUCUGGCCGCAUCGGUACCAUUUUCACCAUCUAUGGCAUCACUUGCGGCGUGAUCCAGUUUUUCGUCUUCCCACCUCUGUGCAACUACUUUGGUGUCCUGCGUUGUUUCCGCGCAUGUGCCGUGACUUUUCCCAUCGUCUACAUUCUGGCCCCUUAUGUGGUCCUCUUCGAGAGCACUGCAGGGCGUUACACCGCUCUCUUGAUAGUCAUGUUCGUCAAAGCCUGUGCCGUAAUCAUUGGCUUCCCGUGCAUGACCAUCCUCCUGACCAACUCGGCCUCUUCGCUCCGUAUCCUGGGUACCCUCAACGGCUUCGCUACUAUGUUCAGUGGAUUCGGCCGUGCUUUCGGUCCCGCCGUUGCGGGUGCCGCUUUCAGCUGGGGUGUUGCCAGAGGUUAUGUCAUCACCGCUUACUGGUUCCUCGCGCUCACUGCCAUCAUUGGAGCCAUCCCCAUCUACAUGCUGGUCGACUACGAUGCUCUGACUCAGACCCCUGACACGAGCGAUGACGAGGACGAGAGUGUUAGCGAUGAGGGCUACGCCAGCGAAGGCAGUGCUGUUGCUUCUGGCAGUGGACAGGCCACCUCGAAUGAGACGGCGCCUUUGUUGAGUGCUAAGAAUGGGGCACCGGGAUACGAUUCCGUCAGUCCCACGCGGUCUUGA